AUGGAUUUUCACCAUACAGAUCUUCAAGACACCAGAUUGGAAAAGGGGGAUCAAGCAGUGAAGGACGAGUUAAGAAAUGUUCAUUCAGAUGAAGAUGAUGAAACAGUUGUAAGGGGGAAAAAAUUCAAACACUAUAACCAUGAAAUAGACAAACAAAACUCUGUAUUUGAUACUGGAAUGAUAUUCAGUGACUGCAAGGUUUUCAGAGAAGCUGUUCGUGAAUAUUGCUUGUUGAGUGGGAAAGAGGUCACUUUCACCAGGAAUCAAAAGUAUAAGCUGAAGGCAGUUUGUAAAGCAAUGAGUUGUCCAUGGCAGAUUUAUGUGGCUUGGGAAAACCCUACAGAUCAAAGCUUGGUGGUGAAAUACUAUAAUCUCAAUCACAAUUGCGUCAGAGUAUUUGAAAACACACAAGCCUCAAGUAAAUGCUUGAGAGAUAAGUUCCUGCCAAGGAUUCAGUCAAAUCCCACGAUGCCUCUACAGUCUAUAGUGAACUCAGCCUCUUCUGAGUUUAAAGUAGGUAUAUCUAGGAUGAAAGCUUACAGGGCAAAGGCAGAGGCACUUCGAAUCAUUGAAGGAUCAGUUGCUGAACAAUAUGCCAUGCUCUGGGAUUAUUGCCAUGAGCUGGAAGACAAAGAGAGGUUGCCUACAGCAGUAGAGAUUGAUCCCAAUAACGAGACUUGGGUACCAGCAUAUGUUGUGGUUGAUAUGGAAACAAGGGAGUCAUGGACAUGGUUCAUUGACCUGUUAGCCAAGGAUGUGGACAUUGUUAAUUCCCAAAGAUGGGUCAUUAUAUCUGACAAGCAAAAAGAAUUGCCUGGUGCAUUUGAAGACAUUGUGCCCAAUAUUGAGACAAGAUUCUGUGUGAGGCACCCAUGGGAUAACUUCAACAAAAAGAACUGCCCGUGA